GCUCUGGAGAAAUGUAAAGUCGAUUUAUAGGCUAGAAAAAUACAGGUGGCCCAAACGCAGCCCUAAGUUGAGAUAGGUAUUUGCCCCGCUCUCGGUCUCUCUCUGGAUUCUGUAGAGGCUGUAGCAGUUUUCUCUCGCUCUCGUGGGCGGAAAAAGACUUGUCUCUCGCUGUAUCCUCUUCUCCAAGCAACUUGGAAGUUGGAAGUCCUUCCACUUCGCUUUAGUACGUAAGGUUGAUCAAUCUUUGACUUGAGGAUUAAAGAUUAUUUGGUUAGAGAUAUAGGAGGGAGAGGGGAAGGGAGAGAUAGGAGAUGGUAGACGAAUUGAAGCAGAGCCAGAAUCUAUGGUUGAAUACUGCAGCGCAGUCCUCAAGCAUAGUUGACAUCGAAGCAUUUCAGCCUCAGGAACAUCAACUGCAACAUUCCACGACUAUCUCUGAUGGCAAAUUGGACUUCUUUGAGAGAGCAUUCUCUGCUGCAGGAGCUGCUGUUUUCUCGGCUAUUCUUGUCAACCCUCUUGAUGUUGCCAAGACAAGAUUGCAAGCACAGGCGGCCGGGGUUCCAUACUCACAUCCACUAAGUAACCUUACAAGUCGCAUGGCAGUGUUUGGACCAAACAUGAUGUUUGCAGAUUUAAGAUGUUCUCCUUCAUGCACUCGUGCUGGUGUACAUGGUACGGUAUCAAUAUGCCCACCUGAUUGCUUCCACUAUAAAGGGACCUUGGAUGUGUUUUAUAAAAUAAUCCGACAGGAAGGAAUUGCCAGGCUAUGGAGAGGAACAAAUGCAGGAUUAGCGUUGGCUGUACCAACAGUUGGGAUCUAUCUUCCUUGCUAUGAUAUUUUCCGCAAUCAGUUAGAGGAAUUCACUUUGCAGAAUGCUCCAAGCCUUACAUUAUAUGCACCGUUAGUAGCAGGUUCAUUAGCACGGUCAUUGGCUUGCAUAAGUUGUUAUCCUAUCGAACUUGCUAAAACGCGGAUGCAGGCAUUCAAGGAUACCCACAUUACCAAGAAGCCUCCAGGAAUUUGGAAGACUUUAAUUGAGCUUACCUCCAACGUCAAGAGCACUCCUAAUAACCAGAGCUUACAAAGCUACCGUGUGUUGUGGACUGGCCUUGGUGCUCAGAUUGCACGUGAUGUUCCUUUUUCCGCAAUCUGCUGGUCAACACUUGAGCCGGUAAGGAGGAGGCUUCUUGGUUUGAUGCAAGAUGAUGCUAAUGUUGUGAGUGUCCUUGGGGCAAACUUUUCUGCUGGUUUUGUUGCCGGAAGCCUUGCUGCUGGUGCUACAUGUCCUCUUGAUGUUGCAAAAACACGAAGACAAAUUGAGAAGGAUCCUGUCAGGGCACUAAGGAUGACCACUAGACAAACACUGCUGGAGGUUUGGAGAGAUUGGGGAAUAAAAGGACUGUUUACUGGUGUGGGUCCUCGUGUUGCUCGUGCUGGCCCUUCAGUUGGAAUUGUGGUUUCAUUCUAUGAAGUCGUUAAGUAUGUUUUUCAUCGACAGUAUGCCACUGAAGUGUAACAUGCGGAGAACAAUCCUAUUUAUCAUUUGAAGGUUGGUUCUCCACUGUUGAAAGAGCGUAGUUGCUGACUUAUUUGAAGCUAACUCCCUAAGACGUUACAGGCAGUUUUGGUGAUAUGUUGGAUCGUCCAACCUGCGAAUGCCACAAAUAAUUUAUCUCCUCGGUUAUGUUUCUACCUUCUUGGGUGGUUUAGGAACUGAUAUGAUAUUUUGUAAAAAAAAAAAUUUUGGCCGGUUAGCAGGUUUCUCUUGGGAUAAACAUCUCAGUUAGUAGCAGGAAACAUAUUUUUCUGUCUUGCGUCUUCAAUGGGGAUCUGGGCUUGGGAAAUUUUUUUUUAUUUGUUCCAACUAAUUGAGCUGUGGAAGUUUACUAUGUAAUGGAGGGAUUAGUUGGAUUCCAUUAUGAGACGUGGGGAGUUCCCAAUUCCCCGCCUCGACCCUACUUGAAAUUGAACUAAAGCAUAAAAGCAUCUAUC